UGUCAAUACACAGUAAACCAAAAAUAUUUGAUUUUUGAUGAACUGCCUUGAAAGAUAAAACCCGCCUCAGAUCUCUUCAGAAAAAGGCCAGGGACCUAUGCCUGUAAUUCCACUAUUGUUCUUGCGGGGCAACCUCACCCCUGAAAUGAGGUGAGAGCUUCCUGCUUCCUGCUUCUUGCAUGUACUCAUUGUCUAUUUUUCUCUUUCUAAUUUAAUUGCGACAGGAGAAUUCAGUUCCUCUGAAUCUGGCUCCUUCACAUGUCUUUCUGCAACUUGGUCUCAUAUUAUGGGCUAAAUAAGGAGUACUAAUCAAUUAUAAUUGAUGGUUCUCUUCUUCUUCUUCUUCUUCUUCUUCUUCUUCUAGUAGCCAUCUUUUGGACCACUGAAGGCUAAGAUGGACCACUGAAGGCUACCCAUCAGCUCGUAUUGUUGAUUCUCUUCUCUGCGGUCUUGAUACAAUUGGUGGAUGUUGAUUUCCCUGUUUGCGAGUAGUUUUGAGGUCUGAAUUUGUCUGCAAAAUCUGUUACUGGGUGAACCAUGCCCAGUAGUUUGCUUCUUUUAUUAGCCAAUUUGGUUUUAUGAGCAUGACAUCCAAAGCUUGGUGUUUGAAUUUAAGGGGCACACGGGUUCAAAGGCCAGCGAGAGGUCUGUGAUUGGCAAUUAGAGUGGGUGUGUUUUCUUUCUCGUCCACUGAUACUACUAAAUCUUCUUUUGCUUGCAUUUCUAUCCUCUCCAUAGUCUGUUAUUCUUUUUAGCUUCAGUUUCCUCAAAAUUUCCUUAAUUUUGGAAUCGUUUUCUUCAGAUGUCUUCCGAUCUGCAUCCAUCGUAGAGCUAAUUUUUGUAUUUAGGGGCUGAUGUUAGAUUCAUUGCAGAAUGUAAAGUUCGCAUAAACACUCGAAGGCCCUUUGUUGUGUCCUUCGUUUAGCAGCAAAUUUCUCUUCUUUCUAAGAGUUGUUUCGUAUUUCUCUUCCAGAGGCCUUUUUCUUUGUGUCCUUUAGUGCAGCCAUGGAUUGUCGGGGUUUGAUUCGUUUUAUGGGGUUCAUUGUGUUGGUUUUUCUCAUUCUAUCUGAAGCCUGCAUGGCUGGUAUACAAACCAUUGGCAAGAUUUAUCCUGGGUUUCAAGGGUCUCAGAUGAAUUGGAUUGAUAAGAAUGGGCUAUUUCUUUUAUCUAAUAAUUCAAAUUUUGCUUUUGGCUUCAACCCUACUUCAGAUGUUACAUUAUAUCUAUUAGUUAUUAUCCACACGACAAGCUUGGAUGUUAUAUGGACUGCAAAUAGAGGCUCCCCAGUUGCAAAUUCUGAUCAAUUCUUCUUUGGUGAAGAUGGUACUGUGUCUUUACACAAGGGGGAACGUCCAGUCUGGACACCUGAUACUGGUGGUAAAAGAGUUUCUGCAAUAGAAUUGCAGGAUUCAGGAAAUCUGGUUUUGUUGGGGAAUGACAGCAGUGUAAUUUGGCAAAGCUUUAGCCAUCCAACAAACACACUAAUAUCAGACCAGGAGUUUCGAGAGGGAAUGAAACUGGUCAGUGAUCCUAGCGCCAAUAACUUGACCUAUGUUCUUGAGAUCAAGUCUGGUGACAUGAUUCUGUCUGCUGGAUUCCGAACUCCCCAGCCUUACUGGUCCAUGCAAAAUGACAAUGAUAAGACCAUCAAUAAAGCUGGUGGGACAGUCACUCUGGCAUCUCUCAAUGCAAAUUCAUGGAGAUUCUAUGACAGUAAUGAAGUGCUCUUGUGGCAAUUUAAGUUUGCAGAUGAGAAAGAUGCGAAUGCUACCUGGAUUGCAGUUGUUGAAAAUGAUGGCUUCAUUUCUUUCUACAACCUUAAUGAUGGAGGUAGUGCUUCACAGACAAAAAUACCAAGUGAUCCGUGCAGCAGGCCAGAACCUUGUGAUGCAUAUUUUGUUUGUUCUGGUAACAAUGUUUGCCAAUGCCCUUCAGCUCUUAGUACCAGCCCAAAUUGCAAGCCAGGUAUUGUAUCUUCGUGUGAUGGUUCAAAGGGCUCUACAGCGCUUGUAAGUGCUGGCAAUGGGCUCAAUUACUUUGCACUUGGGUUUGUUCCAGCUUCUUCAAAAACUAGCUUGGAAGGUUGCCAAUCCUCUUGCCGUGAUAACUGCUCCUGUCUUGCUUUGUUCUUCCAGAACAGUACAGGGAAUUGCUUCCUUUUUGACCAAAUUGGAAGUUUCCAAGAUGCUGGCACCGGUUCCAGUGUUGUUACAUACAUUAAAGUCUUGAGUGACUCAAACAGUGGAGACACUGGAAGCAGCAAAAAAGGUUUUCCUUUUGUUGUGAUAAUUGUUGUUGCAACAGUGCUUGUCAUUUUUGGUCUACUUUAUGUGGCAUUUCGAUAUUACAAGAACAAGAAAAGAUUGCCAGCAUCUCCCCAAGAGACCUCAGAAGAUGAUAAUUUCUUGGAGGGUUUAUCCGGGAUGCCGAUUCGUUAUAGUUACAGGGAUCUUCAAACUGCAACUAACAACUUCUCAGUGAAGCUUGGACAUGGAGGAUUUGGUUCGGUUUAUGAAGGGGUUCUUCAAGAUGGAACACGACUGGCUGUGAAGAAGCUAGAAGGCAUUGGUCAGGGAAAGAAAGAAUUCCGAGCAGAAGUUAGCAUCAUUGGUAGUAUUCAUCAUCACCACUUGGUGAGGCUGAAAGGCUUCUGUGCUGAAGGAUCUCACCGCCUGCUUGCUUAUGAGUUCAUGGCAAAUGGGUCUUUGGAUAAAUGGAUCUUCAAGAGAAACAAUGAAGAUUUCCUGUUGGAUUGGGAUACAAGAUUUAAUAUUGCAUUGGGAACAGCAAAAGGCCUGGCUUAUCUCCAUGAAGACUGUGAUGUGAAGAUAAUUCAUUGUGACAUAAAACCUGAAAACGUGCUUCUUGAUAGUCACUUCAAUGCCAAAGUCUCAGAUUUUGGGUUGGCUAAGUUAAUGAAUCGAGAGCAAAGCCAUGUUUUCACGACCCUAAGAGGAACCAGGGGGUACCUUGCACCAGAAUGGAUCACAAAUUAUGCCAUAUCGGAGAAAAGUGAUGUUUAUAGCUAUGGUAUGUUGUUGCUUGAGAUUAUCGGUGGAAGGAAAAACUUUGAUCCAUCUCUUUCUUCGGAGAAAUCCCAUUUCCCAUCCUAUGCUUUUAGGAUGAUGGAAGAAGGGAAAGUGAGAGAAAUCCUUGAUUCAGAGCUGAAUUUAGACGAGAAUGACAAGAGGGUCUCCACUGCAAUUAAAGUUGCAUUGUGGUGUGCGCAGGAAGAUAUGCAUCUAAGGCCACCGAUGCCUAAAGUUGUCCAAAUGCUUGAAGGUCUCUGCCCUGUUCCUCAACCACCAAUUUCUUCCCCGUUGGGUUUUCGCCUUCAUUCCAGUUUGUUUAAAUCAAUAAGCGAGGAGGGCACUUCCUCAGGACCUUCGGACUGCAAUAGUGACGCCUACCUUUCUUCUGUGCAGCUUUCUGGCCCAAGAUAAGGAGUUCACAGUUUGGGGAAUUGUUGUUUAGAUUUAUAGAGUUGAACUAAUCAUGUAUACUUCUCCUACAAUAUUCCUGUAUAUUAGUUAGACUAGGAAAGUUUUGUAAUACUAGCAAUUAGCUUGUCACUUGUUUCUGCACUCAUUCUUGCUCUGUAAAUGGUGUUGAUUAUGACAAAAAAAGUGACGCACAAUGAGCAUAUUUCUGAUUCAAAA